AGAUAUAAAUCUGUAAACAUCCACACUGCUGUUGCAGCGUUGACUGCUUUUCUUCUUUUCUCAGACCAGCUUCUUCUGGAAGUGAAGACGGGUGAAGACGGACUUGGGAUUUCUCACUGAAGAUGUCUGAACUAACCUCAGAAAAGGGAGCAGACCAUCUGUGUGUAUGUGUGUGUUCGGGUAAAAACACUGCAAUGGAGUGUCGUUGCUUCAGCAGUACAGGAGAGCAGUCUGACCCAAAGGGAGAUAAAGAGCCUAGCUGUGUGUCUAUGAGGAGUGACCGGUCCAUAAUGCACCCACCUCAAUUCAGCAGUGGAAAAGGAGAGCCCAGCUGUGUGUCUAUGAGGAGUGACCGGUCCAUAAUGCACCCUCCUCAAUUCAGCAGUGGAAAAGGAGAGCCCAGCUGUGUGUCUAUGAAGAGUGACCGGUCAAUAAUGCACCCUCCUCAAUUCAGCAGUGGCGGAGGAGAGCCCUGCUGUGUGUCUAUGAAGAGUGACCGGUCCAUAAUGCACCCUCCUCAAUUCAGCAGUGGAAAAGGAGAGCCCAGCUGUGUGUCUAUGAAGAGUGACCGGUCCAUAAUGCACCCUCCUCAAUUCAGCAGUGGAAAAGGAGAGCCCUGCUGUGUGUCUAUGAAGAGUGACCGGUCCAUUACGCACCCUCCUCAAUUCAGCACUGGAAGAGGAGAGCCCUGCUGUGUGUCUAUGAAGAGAGACCGGUCCAUCGGGAACCCUCCUGCAUUCCGCAGUGGACCUGAACCCUCUUAUCUAGACAGGCAGCACCCCAAAGAAGCAGUCUUAGAGAGACACAGAGUCAGCAUGAAGAAGAAGUACGAGAGCUUAUUUGAGGGAAUCAAAACAGAAGAGAAUAAAACCCUCCUGAACAGGAUUUACACACAGCUCUACAUCAUAGAGGGAGAGAGUGAAGGAGUGAAUGAAGAACAUGAGGUUCUGCAGAUGGAGGAAACAACAAGGAAACGCUUACAGGAUACUCCAAUCACCUGCAUAGAUAUUUUUAAACCAGAUCAAGGAAAACAAGGACAAAAGAGAAAAAGAAAAGAAGGAAUAAAAGAGAAUAAAGGAUCAAAAGUUCCAGAGCUCAGAGCUGUCCUGACUAAAGGCAUUGCCGGAAUUGGAAAAACUGUCUCGGUGCAGAAGUUCAUUCUGGACUGGGCUGAAGGAAAAGCCAAUCAGGAUGUAGAGCUCAUGCUUGUGCUUCCAUUCCGGGAGCUGAACCUGAUUAAAGAUGAUCAAUACAGUCUUCAUGGACUUCUGUGUGACUUCCAUCCUGAACUCAAAGAUCUGGACCCAAAGAUUUAUGAUCAGCUCAAAGCUGUGUUCAUAUUUGAUGGUCUGGAUGAAAGCAGAAUUCCACUGAACUUUAAACGGUGUGAGAUAGUAUCUGACAUCACCACGACAACAUCAGUGGGUGUGUUGAUGACCAACCUCAUCAAAGGAGAGCUUCUUCCCUCUGCUCUGAUCUGGAUAACCUCCCGACCAGCAGCAGCCAAUCAGAUCCCUCCUCAGUACAUCAAUUGUGUGACAGAAAUUCAGGGAUUCAGUGACCCACAGAAGGAGGAGUACUUCAAGAAGAGGAUCAGUGAUGAAGACCAAGCCAAGAAAAUCAUGUUACACAUUAAGACAGCAAGGAGCCUCUACAUCAUGUGCCACAUUCCAGUCUUCUGCUGGAUCUCAGCCACUGUUCUUCAGCAAAUCAUGAAACAAAGUAACACAGAAAUCCCAACAACUCUGACUGAGAUGUACACACACUUCCUGAUCACUCAGAUAAACAUGAAGAAUGAAAAGUUUGAAGGAGAUAAGAAGGAGGAAAGCAAAACAGACACAAAGAACCUGCUGGAGUCCAACCGAGUCAUGCUUCUAAAAUUGGCUGAACUGGCUUUCAAGCAACUGAUGAAGGGCAACGUGAUUUUCUAUGAAGAGGACCUGAGAAAGAGCGGCAUUGAUGUCAAAGAAACCUCAGUGUAUUCUGGGAUUUUCACUGAGAUAUUUAGGGAGGAAUCUGUGAUUUACCAGAAGAAGGUCUACUGCUUUGUUCAUCUGAGCUUUCAGGAGUUCCUGGCUGCUGUUUAUGUGUUUCACUGCUACGAGAGCAACAACAAGAAGACACUGGAUUAUUUUAGACCCCAGCAUGAAAACUGGUCUAAGAAUGUUCCACUGGACUGUGUGUUGCAGGGUGCGGUGGAUAAAGCUGUGGAGAGUCAGAAUGGACACCUGGAUCUUUUCCUCCGUUUCCUGCUUGGCAUCUCAGUGAAGUCCAAUCAGAGACUUCUACAGGGUCUACUGACUCAGGCACAGAACCACUCAGAGGAAACCAUCCAGUACAUCAAGAGAUUAAUCAAAGAAGAUGAUGCAAAACCACAUCACAUCUCAACUGAUGAAUCCAUCAACCUGUUGCUCUGCCUGUCUGAAAUGAAAGACCAGUCUCUCGCAGAAGUGCUUCAGAAGUAUCUAACGUCAGAGAAAUCCUCAGAAAAGCAGCUCACUCCUGGACAGUGUACAGCACUGACCUACAUGCGUGUGAAUUCAGGGGUGGAGGUGGAUGACGGGAGUGUAAACCAACAUGUGUGCAUCUGCACCAAAGCUCUACUAGCAGGCUGUGAUCUCACCAAGGAUUCGUGUGAAGCUCUCUGCUCUCCCACUGGCCCUGCUCCUGCUGAGGAAUUGUUCCUCCAGAAUCCUCUGGGAGAUCAUUUGACUGGCUCACCUCGCUCAUCUGAGGAAUCUCCCAGGGCUCCUUGGGAGACAACCUGACAGUCACACCACCAGCAACAACCAAUGGCUGUUCUUCCUUGCCUGAGUAUUGAUGUUUAUCACCCUUGUCUGAUCAUUGUUCCUUGUUAGUAUAUGAGCCCAGGCUUUUAGCUUAGUUCUUUGAGAAGUAUUGUGUUUUUCUGUAAUAGUUACAGAUUGUUAUUUUGUGUUCUGUUCUACUUGUACUGAUUGUCUUUCUUGUAUUUUUGAACUCGUCCUUUUUUAUGUUUUUGCCCUUUGGAUUAUUUGUUUAGAUUUUCUCUUUUGUGUUCAGUUGGAUGUUUCUGGUUUUCACCUUGGCUUGCUUUCUGGCUUUGUCUCUCUCGAACCCCGUUAAGGCCUACGCGUCUGACCCAUCUGGUUGUGUUACAUCAGUUCACCCUGAUGUAGCUGGACCUCAGUAACAAUGACCUGCAGGAUUCUGGCAUGCCACUGCUCUCUGCUAGGCUGAGGAAUUCACACUGUAAACUGGAGACAUUUAGGUGAGCUUUCUCUAAAUUAGAUGAUUUUAAAUGCUAGUUGUGUAAGACCCCAUUCAUACCAUGUGUGACUGUAGUGUAGAGGUCAACUUUUUAGCUUUGAAAACCCAGGAGAGUUUGUGUCAUGCCUUGACAAGAGCUGAGAGGUGGAUUGAGGCCUUUGGGGCUCAUCUGCUGGCCUCAUGCCUCUUAUUGCCUGUUACCAUUCUAGUUUUCAGCUUGAACAAAAUCUAAGGCAAAGGUUUUGAUAUCAGCCAAACAAAGAUCAAUACCAGUGUACCAGUGGGUUGUGAAUGCUUGGAUGUAAUGAAUAAGCUCUGUGGGUCACGAUGGCUACUCUCCAAACAUCAACCAAGUUGAUAUUUUUCAUGGAUACAUUAAAAAAAACAUUAAAGGGGAGGAGCCUGACCAGGUCGGAGAUGGCCGCUUAGACCUUUCGUUCCGUCCCUAUACCUCUCUUUAUUUGCUUUCCAUCUCUGUUUAAUUUCUUUACUACAGUCCUAAUAUCGAUGUAACUAUGGCUGAUACAUCUGGGGACAAAGAUUUUCCAAUUUUUUCAACAACGUGGUCCCAGAGACUCAAAGACAAGAAAAAGCAAGUUCUGGAAUCUGCUGAGGGGGACGAAGCUAAUGUCCAUGCUAAUACUCAAUGAAAUAUGGCCGCUCUCCUCACUGAACUCAGAUCUAUUGGUUGUCGUCUGGAUAAUAAUACACCCACCCUAUUUCUAAGUUGUUACUUUUUUCGAAGCAAAAAUACUAUGAAUUCGGAAAUAAACCCAGCCGUUUAUUAGCUCAUCAGCUUAAAGUACAACAGGCUGAUCGAGCUAUAAAAACCAUUAAAACUUCCUCUGGCAAUAUUACUUACGACCCUCGCAUAAUUAAUGACACCUUCUGUGACUUUUUCAAAUUGCUUUAUUCCUCAGAUUGUAAUAGCUCGCACUUGGAUAUUUCAAACUAUUUAGAUAGCAUAUCCCUUCCUGGAGUUUCAGAGGAAUAUCGGACCUUUCUGAAUACCCCUUUUACACCAGAGGAGAUCUGGGAUGCUAUUAGUGCCAUGCCCUCGGGUAAAGGACCUUUUACGGCUUUGCAAUCGAAUUCUACAAGAAGUUUUGGCCAGAUUUAUGCCCCAUCUUUAUGCCCAUGGUUAAUAAUAUUCUUCAAGAAAAUUCUAUUCCUGGCUCAUGGAAGAUGGCCCAUAUUAGUUUAUUGUUAAAAAAGGGCAAAAAUCCAACAGAAUGCGCUUCCUAUCGACCGAUUAGUCUUCCGAUAUGUAGACUUUAAAAUCCUAACCAAAGUGCUGUCCCGCUGACUGGAAAAACUUCUUCCAUACAUCAUUAAACCAGAUCAGACGGGAUUCGUCAAAUCUAGAUAUGGAUCCGAUAACGUUCGCCAUUUUUUUAAAUAUUAUAAAUCUUCUUAGCAAAAGAAAAGACCCUGUUUUAAUUGUUUCCCUAGAUGCUGAGAAAGCAUUUGACAGGGUUGAGUGGAAGUUUCUCUUUGCACUAAUGGAGAAAAUUGGGUUAGGGAAUCAUUUUAUAAAUAUAGUUAAACUGUUGUAUUCAGACCCCAAGGCCUCUAUAAACACAAACAAUCUUUUAUCUGAUAGUUUUUCAAUUAGAAGAGGAUGUCGUCAGGGCUGCCCUCUCUCACCUCUGUUGUAUGCCCUAGUGAUAGAACCCCUCACUGAAUACAUCAGAUCUAGUCCCGUUAUUUCAGGAGUCUCAGUGGGAGAAUCGGACCACCGCAUCUCAUUAUUCGCUGACGAUAUACUUCUUUAGUUAAAGAAUCCAGCGACCUCUGUUCCUGACAUUAUAAACUUAAUCUCUAACUAUAGAGAUUAUAUAGGUUAUAAAAUCAAUUUUGGCAAAUCUACAGCUAUUCAGAUAAAUGUCCCAGAUUAUAUUAAUCUAAAUACCCCAUUCCAGUUUACAAAUACGGGAUUUCGGUACCUUGGCAUAACAAUUACUCCUGACCUGAAUAAUUUGUUGAAUAAAUUAUAAUAAUUUAUUCAAUAUUUAUGAAUAAUUAUUCCCCUAUUUUAGAAACCAUAAAGAAAAAUUGAAGGGAAUGGUCAUGUUUACCUAUUACAUUUUUUGGCCGAAUUAAUGUAAUCAAGACGAACAUCUUACCUAGACUGCUUUAUCUAUUUCAAAACUUGCCCUGCCAUUUGACUCCCAUAUUUUUCAAAAAGGUAAACAAAUUAAUAAGCAGAUUUAUUUGGGAUAAUAAAAAACCCAGAUUGAAAUUCUCCAUCCUUCUAAAACCUAAAGGUCUAGGGGACAUAUCCCUACCAAAUUUAAAUCUAUAUUUCUGGGCAGCUCAAGCGAAACAGAUGUGUAGUUGGUUUUCGAACAGACCAGACUCACUAUGGGUUAAUAUCUAAAUGUUUAUUUGUCAUCGAGAUCCCUAAUUUCUUUACCCUUUAUAUAUAAUUUUGAUAAAAUACCAUCUCUCUUAGAUAGUUGUGUAGUGUACAACACGUUGCUUUCUUGGAGAGAUGCUAGAAAAUAUAUGAAAAUCCCUAAAUGUAUCUCUUUAUGGUCAGCACUCACCCUGAAUCCAGAUCUACCAUCCCAGCUUAGGGACAUUGGGCUUAACAAUUGGAAAUUAAGGGGCAUAGAAGAUUUUUCCAGUUUAUUUACAGCUGGAGUUUUAAACUCAUUUGAACAACUCAAAGCAUUAUUUGGACUCCCUAACACUGAGCUUUACAAUUUUUUUCAAAUCAGACACUUUAUCCAGUCAUCCAGAAAGGGGGCCAGUUUAGAUUUCAACUCAAUGAAUUGGAGAGUCAGAUCACUUUGAACAGUUUAGAAAGUAGAAUCUCAAGCCUUUACACUACUCUACCCAAUAUGGACCCUUCACAUUAUGAUAGUCUCAAGCUAACAUGGGAGAAAGAUCUAGGACUGACGUUUGAUGAUGAUGUCUGGUCAAAUAUUUGUAAUUGGAUCUUUCCUAAAUGUACUUCUACUAAUGUCCAUGAACAAAACUUUAAACUUUUUCAUAGGCUGUAUCUUACCCCAGUCCGUCUGCACAGGAUAUUCCCUAACACCUCAAACAUGUGCUUUAAAUGCUCUGCCGAUGUGGGCACGGUUCUACAUGUUUUCUGGUCAUGCGUCAAACUACAGAAUUACUGGAGGGAGAUUCAUUUGGCCAUACAAGAAAUAACUGGCAUACAGUUUGCUAAGUCUCCAGAAGUGUAUCUCUUAAAUGCUGUGGAUCCCUCACUGGACAAGGAUACCAUUAGUAUUUGACAUUCCAUCCACAUAGAUGUGGCUGAAGCAGAUUGACAAAUGGUUACCUAUGGAAAAACUCACUUACGAGUUGCACCAGAACUCAGAAAGAUUUAUCAGAAUUUGGUCCCCUUUACAACCGUAUCUGGAAAAGGCCAACUGAAGUUCUUUCUAGGUGCUCAUUUGUACAACUGAACAUCCUAUUAUGUUUUGUCCCUUCUCUGUUCAGACACAGCACUGGAAGAAAAAUUGUUUUUAUACUUUCUAUAUUAAGAGACACAAAUUUUAUUUGAAUUUUAUUUUACUGUUUGUACUAUACUGUUACCCGGAAUCUGUAUUUUUGUAUAUUCUUGUAUUUUUUCUAUUAUGGCAAAUAAUGUAAAACCCAAUAAACAGUUGAUAAAAAAAAAAAAACAAUAAAAACAUGAAGAUUGAAGAUUGAUCCAAACAUAUAUAUAUAUAUCUACCAGCUAAUAUUCACAUAGAAUUCUCAGGUAGUAUCCUGAAUGUAUCAUUCGUUUUAUUUGCAACAUCUUCUGAAUGACCUAAGGUGUAACAUGUAACUUAGUUAAUUACAUAACAAAUCCAUCCAUGUAACUGUGGAGGUUAAUCUAGUGAACAGCUGGCUUAAAGCCCCAGGGAACCUGCUUCUGUGUUUUUAGGUUAAUUAGGUUAAUCUUGUUCUUUUGUCCUAUUAUAUAUACAUACUUAACAUGACUAUGAACACCUUCCGAAAGCCUAAUAAUGGCUAAUACUUUUCACCAUAUUUCUCUCCACUCAAUAUUAACUGGGUGGAUCUGGGUGGAAAAUGUUCGGUUCCAUUUAGUUGUUAUUUAAUAAAGUCGUAAUAAGCAAGAAGUUCAACUGCAACUGCUGGUUUAAUAAGAGCAUUGCAAGAGUAUUAUAAUGACCCUUAUUCUGAAGUUUUAUCCAGAUUCCUCAACAGCAGACACGAGGCCCCCAACAUUUAAGCUCUCUGGCAAUAAUAAUGACUAAAGAGUUUACCCAUUUGUUUCUGUUCAUCCAGGAGUAAAGAAAUUGGAGUUUUGUAACUUUGCAGAAAUAAAAAAAUUAACAUAACUCUGUUAGUUAUAUGUGUGAUUACAGCAAACCUUCUUUAAAUGCUCUAAUUUUAAGAUUUUAUUACUUUUUAAACUUUUUCAAGUCCUCAGUGCAUUCACUUGUACAUUUGAAGACUUCUUGUCAUGUUGUAGGACCACCAUGCGUCCAGAAGAGGACACAUGGAGAACAUAUCAUGUUGAAUUGUGGGUGCUGGUGGAUUCAGUAUCACUUUGUUGAGAGCCAAAUACCAAAUACCUGGACCAUCUGGGAGAACCUGAGUAGAACCCUAUGAUUUCAGUGAUGUUGAGAACAUAGAAGGAACCUUGCAAUUGUAACAUCAAAAAUGAACGUCCACAUUGCUGGUAGUGAAGGCUGUUCUGUUUGUCUUUUUUAGGCUAGUUAAAGCAUCUUUCCUCUGACCGAGAACAUGUUCCCCGUACAUACAUUGUUUUUUAUUUUUAAGUGGGAGUUUUAAAGUGAUGUGAUUUUGCUCUUUUCUCCGAGACUCUGCUGAAGGCCUAACAGUACAUUGGUCACAAUACUGUCUAUUGUCUUUUUUCCACCUUAAAUAACAAAAGUGAACCCUAAUCCUGCCUUUUGAUCAUCACCAGUGCAACGUUUACAUGACUGCAUGGUGCCAUUGGUCAGCACCAACCCUACAGAAGGACACAUGCUAAACUCUUUCUGGCACUUUCCAUUUAUAGAGAUCAAUUUAUGUCAAAAGCAAAAAAGUGAUGGUUGUUUUUUUUCAAUCUCUGUAAAAAUUGAAGGCAUUUGUACUUUAACUUAAAAUAAAAUGAUUAAAAGUAGCAUUUAAAUGAUCAAAGAACACACUAAAUGUCUGUGUCCCUUUAAUAUGGUCAUUUU